CUUGUGUCCCAUGUGUGGACUAACAGUUUGGUGUUGGGACGACAUCAAGCUCAGACGUCGUUAAUGAAAGAAAAGCUGCUGUUGGAGUUCAGAAGGUUGUCCUGCAUCACACUCAGCUCGUAGCCGUCUGCUCAUCUUCACCUGCCAUUUGUCCAAAGGAAGACAACGUCUCACCACAGCUCAGACAUGGAGCUUCUCUAGAAGCACUCGUCCAAGACCAGCAGAACAGCAGUGACACCCUUUCUUGUCCACUACCCCCCCAUUUCACUCUCUUUUCCUCCCUGUCUUCGUGUCUCAGGAGUGCACUCGGCCUGUGAGCAGUGAUGGGGGACUGGAGUCUCCUGGGGAACUUCCUAGAGGAGGUCCAGGAACACUCCACCUCAGUCGGGAAAGUGUGGCUCACCAUCCUCUUUAUCUUUCGCAUCCUGGUGCUGGGCACAGCGGCCGAGUCGUCCUGGGGCGACGAGCAGAGCGACUUCCUGUGUGACACUCAGCAGCCCGGUUGCACCAACGUGUGUUAUGACAGUGCCUUCCCCAUCGCCCACAUCCGCUAUUGGGUGCUGCAGAUUGUUUUUGUUUCCACACCAUCCCUGAUUUACAUGGGGCAUGCCAUGCACAUAGUGCGCAGGGAGGAGAAGAAGCGGAGGAGGGAGCGGGAGGAGAGGGAGGAAAGAAGUGAGGGUGAAGGAGACAUGGAGAGAGAGAAGGAGUAUCUUCAGCAGAGGGCUAGUGGGACAGAAGUGGGACCUGAUGGGCCUGGUCGUGUUCGCUUGAAAGGAGCUCUGCUUCAGACUUAUAUCCUGAGUAUCUUGAUCCGCACAGUAAUGGAGGUGACCUUUGUUGUAGUGCAGUACUUGAUCUAUGGGGUGUUCCUCAGGGCUCUAUACCUGUGCAAGUCAUGGCCCUGCCCCAACCCUGUCAACUGCUACAUGUCACGGCCGACAGAGAAGAACGUCUUCAUCGUCUUCAUGCUGGUUGUGGCCGGUGUGUCUCUGCUGCUCUCCGUUUUGGAGCUCUACCACCUUGGGUGGAAGAGUUUAAAAAAGUGCAUACGCAAGAAAGUGAUGCAGAGAAACAAGCACAGAGCUGUGACCGUGGCCGUGUCUGCAGCUUUGGAGCCCAAUAGCCCACCCCCACCCACCUGCACCCCACCUCCCGACUUCACUCAGUGUCUCGCUGACCCGAGCUCCAUGACCGCCAUGGCCGCUCAUCCCUUCAACACCAGGAUGGCACUGCAGCAGAACUCAGUCAACAUGGCCACAGAGCGGCACCACAGCUGUGACAACCUGGAGGACGGGCACGACUUCCUGAGGAUGCGAUAUGACCAGGCACCAAUGGAACUGCCCAACAGCUGCUCCCCAUCACCUCUGCUGCACGUAGGCUACAUGAAGGACAAACGUCGCCUGAGCAAGACCAGUGGGAGCAGCGGCCGGGCUCGCCAAGACGACCUGGCCGUGUAGGCUCACACCUGGAAACAAGCAAGAGAGGAGGGUGGGUUAGAUCUUCAGAAGCAAAGAGAGUGACACAGGGAUCAGUUGAACAAGAGGAUUUCAGAAGGUCAGCACAGGCUCACUAUGCAAACUCUGUUUUAAGUAUAUAUGUACAUUAAAACAAUGCUGAGAUCUGUAAACUUAACAUGUGUGAGCUCUGUGAGCAGACAGUUGCACACUACACUGCAAAAAGAAGACAUGUUUGGAAUGAGAACAGGGUAACAGGUGUGAUACCUGAAUAUUGCACAAUUUUAUCUUUUUCUUAAACAGUUGAUGCCAGAAACUGAAUGAAAGAGAUCAGAGUGACGUGAUGCAUCAUAAAAAGAAAUAUUACACACAUCUCAACUAUUCAGUAAUUGUAGAUUAUUAUUUCAUAUUAAGGAGCACAAGCACAAGUGUUUUCUCUCCCACUGCAAAAAAAUAAAAGAUGCAAUAACAGAUAAAUACGAAGAUGAUACAAUAAACUGUGAAGCUUGUUGUGCAUUUGCAAUGAAUUAAGUUCAUAAGUGCCUGCUCUAAUGUUUAUAUAAAAAUAAUCUAUUUCCACAUGAAACAUGUUUUAUAUUUUUUUUUCCUUAAGCCACGGGAAAGCUGUGACUUUGCCACUUGUUGACUUGGUAAGCGGAUUGCACUAUAAAGUACCAGCAGGUCAAAAAACAACAUGUAAUUCAAUAAUCCUAAACAGUGUGAGUAAAACUUUGUCAUUUGUAUUUGUAUUUGUAUUUGACAGGAGCCUUAGUGUAGAAAUGGUGAGAGAAUGUAGUCUGUUACAAGAUUUUCCUGUUGUCAGGAUAAAAAAAAGGCAAAAUAGGAGGAUCCUGCUUGUUAUGAGGAGAUUCUGCCACUUGGUGGUGACAUUGCACUAGUGUUUUUUCUGUAUUUCUCCUAGAGCCAUUGUAUAAAUAUUGAAUUUGACUGAAUGCCUUGUAUAUUAUUGUCAAUGUCUUUGAAUGUAGUUCAUUUUAUUUUCUACUGUUUGUUUUUAUUUUAUAGGUUUGGGAAUGAACAUCUUUGGAAAUUGAGCUUUUAAGAUAUAUACAUGUACAGUAUGUAUGUAUGUAUGUAUGUAUGUAUGUAUGUGUGUGUGUCAGAAUCAGAAAUCUUCAGCCUACAUUCACUGCAGUUAUUGGCUCUUUCACGGUCAUUUAAUCAACAAAUGUCAUCACUAAUCCACCACAACUUAAUAAAUCAUGUCUGGUC